CAACUUUUGGCUUCCAAAGGAAAUAAGAACUUUAAGAUCAUAAUGCUGCAAAUAUUUUCUUUACAAAUGUGCUCUUCAGCAUGCCAGUGCCACGGUGCAGGAGUGCUGGGCAGUGACUGUGAUGGAAGUACCGGGCAGUGCAGAUGUCGAACUGGAUUUGCGGGGUUAUCCUGUGAUACCUGUGCAGCUGGCUACUUUCAGUACCCCUUCUGCCAGGUGUGUGAAUGUAACUUGUUGGGUACCCAGCCCGAAGUCUGUGAUUUUCUUGGGAGGUGCCUUUGUCGCUCAGGAGUUGCUGGACUUCAGUGUGACAGCUGCCAGCCUGGCCACCACUCAUUCCCUGCCUGUCAAGCGUGCAGUUGUGAUGCUGUUGGCUCUUUGGGGAAUACCUGUGGUCCUGGAGGGCAGUGUCUGUGCUGGGGUAACUAUGCUGGGCUGAGAUGUGACCAGUGUGCUCCAGGCUAUUACAGCUAUCCCAACUGCUUGCGUGUCAACAGCGAGUGUGACCCUGCAGGUAGCGUUGGUUCUCACUCUGGAUAUUGUCAAUGUCUCCAGCAUGUCGAAGGUCCUACCUGCAGCAAAUGCAAACCCUUGUAUUGGAACCUGGCCAAAGAAAACCCUGAGGGAUGUACAGCUUGUCAGUGUGAUGUGAGUGGAACACUAAGUGGAGUUGCAGAAUGUCAGCAGGAAAAUGGGCAUUGCUACUGCAAAUCUAAUGUUUGUGGAGAUUCCUGUGAUGUUUGUGAAGCUGGUUAUUAUGCUCUUGAAAAAAAGAAUUAUUUUGGCUGCCAAGGCUGCCGCUGCGAUGUUGGAGGAUCCCUGAGCCCAGUCUGCUCCCAGCCCUGGGGCAGCUGCCGGUGCAGGGCGCACGUCGUGGGCAUCACCUGUCGGGAGCCUGAAAAAAACUAUUUUUUUCCUGAUCUGCACCACAUGAAGUUUGAGAUUGAAGAUGGUACUACUGUCCAAGGAGGGAAAAUUCGGUUUGGCUACGAUCCUCAGGAAUUUCCUAGCUUCAGUUGGAGAGGAUAUGUGCGGAUGUCCUCUAUACAGAAUGAAGUCAGGAUAACUUUGAAUGUGGAAAAAUCAAACCUCUACUUAUUUCGCAUUAUCCUGAGGUAUAUUAACCCUGGAGGGGAAAUAUUGUCUGCUCGCAUAUCUGCUUGUCAUUCUCAGCCUGGAGCAGGGGCUGCUCAGAGCAAAGAAUUUGUCUUCCCACCCAGCAAGGAGCCAGCUUUUAUCACAAUCCCAGGAAAAAGCUCCACAGAGCCUUUUUCACUGGCUCCAGGCAUGUGGACUGUCAGUAUAAUGGCAGAGGAAGUCCUCUUGGAUUAUCUGGUGCUGUUACCGAGUGAUUACUACGAGGCAUCCCUGUUGCAGAUGCGCGUUACAGAGCCUUGCACGCGUCCCAGGCCUGCUUCAGCAGAACACUGCUUGCUCUAUCAGCAUUUGCCCCUGGGCAGAUUUUCCUGUGUCCUUGGUUCAGAGGCAUUGCAGUUCAGACACGGGGGAGAAUCCAGAAUACCUCUGCGACAGCCAGCUCCCAGUCAGCCAGUGAUGGCCCAGAUCACUGGAAGAGAGGUCAAUUUAGAGAUGACCAUAAAUGUUCCUCAAGUGGGUCGCUAUGUUCUGGUUUUUGAAUAUGCCAAUGAAGAGGAUCAGAUAAACACUGCAGAGGUAACAGUACAUAGCCCUGGACCUGUCACUGAAGGCAGAGUGAGAAUAUACAUUUGUAAAUACAGUUUCCUUUGUCGCAGCGUUGUAGUUGAUGACAGGAAUCGCGUUGCAGCCUAUGACCUUCUGGCAGACACAAAGAUACGUCUGAAGGCCUCAUCAAGUAAUUUUCUUCUGCACAAGGUUUGCAUUAUAUCAGCUGAAGAAUUUUCUCCAGAAUAUGUGGAUCCUAAAGUACAGUGCAUAGCUGCUUACAGGAGUAACAGUGAUGGAAGUGCAGCAUGCAUUCCCUCAGUUUUUGAAACUCCACCAGGAGCUUUGGUUUUGGAUGCAUUCAAAGAUGGGAAGAUUUCUGAAGUAGAGGAGAAUAUAAUCCAUGAUUCAUUGAGUGCCACUUUACCUGCUGGUUCAGUUCGUGGAGUCACCUUGACACCAUUACAGAACCAGAUCACCUUGAGCGGCAGAGUGCCUCACAUGGGCAGAUACGUAUUUGUGGUACAUUUUUAUCAGCCAGCACACCCAGCAUUCUCUGUGCAAGUCCAUGUGAAUGCCAGACAUAUGUGGUCAGGUACUUUCAAUGCUUCAUUCUGCCCUCAUACUUCUGGCUGUCGGGUUCAGGUGGUUGCAGCAAGCCAAAUUGAGCUCGACAUUUCUGAACCCAUGGUCUCUGUUACAGUGAUGAUACCAGAUGGAAGAAUGCUGGUUCUGGAAAAUAUCUUAGUUGUUCCAGCAGACACCUACAGUCACAAAAUUCUUGACAAAAAGACAGUGGACAAGUCAUUUGAUUUUAUCAGCCAAUGUGGAGGAAACAGUUUUUAUAUUGACCCAGAACGAUCAUCAGCCUUCUGUAAGGACUCUGUAAGGUCACUGGUGGCUUUCUACAACAACGGAGCCCUGCCGUGUGCUUGCCACAGCGCAGGUGCUGCUAGCCCUGCGUGCAGCCCCCUGGGAGGGCAGUGUGUCUGCAGACCCAACGUCAUCGGUCGCCAGUGCAGCCGAUGCCAAACCGGCUACUACGGAUUCCCAUUUUGCAAGCUAUGCAACUGUGGGCAGCGUCUUUGUGAUGACAUGACUGGUAAAUGCAUUUGCCCUCCGCGAACUGUGAAGCCAAAAUGUGAAGUGUGUGAGAAAUACUACUUCAGCUAUCAUCCCCUUGCUGGCUGCAAGAGCUGCAACUGCUCAGAAAAAGGAAUUGUUGAUGUGGCAAGCCCAGAAUGUGAUAAAACCAGUGGGCAAUGCAAAUGCAAACCAGGAAUAAAAGGACGUCAGUGUGAUCAGUGUGCUCCUGGAACUUACGGUUUCCCUAACUGUGUGCCAUGCAACUGUAACAGAGAUGGAACAGAACCAGAUGUUUGUGAUCCCCAGACAGGAAUUUGUCUUUGCAAGGAGAAUGUUGAAGGUGCAACAUGUGACACUUGCAGACCAGGAUCCUUUUAUCUGAACCCUUCUAACCCCAGGGGAUGCACACCUUGCUUUUGUUUUGGGGCAACCAGCAGCUGUCGCAGCACAGAUCGUCGUAGAACCAAGUUUGUGGAUAUGAGGAACUGGCGUUUGGAGGCAGUAGAUGAACGUACGGACAUUCCAGUCACUUUCAAUCCAGUCAGUAACAGUGUGGUGGCUGAUGUUCAAGAAUUGCCAGCUUCUGUGCAUAAUUUGUACUGGAAAGCACCACCAUCUUACCUAGGAGAGAAGCUUUCUUCAUAUGGUGGCUUCCUAAGUUACCAAGUGAAAUCUUUUGGCUUACCUAGUGAGGGCAUGGUUCUUCUGGAUAAGAAACCUGAUAUACGACUAACAGGAAAACAAAUGGAAGUUGUUUAUAUGGAUCCCAACAACCCACUGCCUGAUCGUCAUUAUUAUGGCCGAGUGCAGCUGGUUGAGGGCAGCUUCAGGCACGCCGGCAGUGGUAAGCUGGUAUCCCGAGAAGAGCUGAUGACAAUCCUGUCCAGGUUGGAUGGCUUGCACAUCCGGGCCCUGUACUUCACGGAGACCCAGCGCCUGACUCUUGGCGAGGUGGGGCUGGAGGAGGCCACCGGCGAGGGCAGCGGCAGCAUCGCGCACAGCGUGGAGGUGUGCGCCUGCCCGCCUGAGUACGCCGGUGACUCAUGCCAGGAGUGCGGCAUUGGAUUUUAUCGUGAGAACAAAGGAAUAUUUGCUGGACGCUGUGUGCCCUGCAACUGCAAUGGAAAUUCAAAUAGAUGUCAAGAUGGUACAGGAAAAUGUAUUGACUGCCAGUAUAAUACUGCUGGGGAGAAAUGUGAGCACUGUAAAGAUGGUUAUUUUGGAGAUGCCACUCAGGGUUCCUGCCGGGAAUGCCCUUGCCCAUAUACAAACAGAUUUGCAGCUGGCUGUGUGGCAAAUGGUGAAGAAAUCCAGUGUCUCUGCAAAGAAGGCUACACCGGAGCUCGUUGUGAACGCUGUGCUCCUGGAUAUUUUGGAAAUCCACAGAAAUAUGGAGGCUUCUGUCAGAAAUGUAACUGUAAUAAUAAUGGACAGCUGGCUAGCUGUGACCACCUGACUGGAGAAUGUUUCAAUAAUGAACCAAAAGAUGUGGAUCCCAAUGAAGAUUGUGACUCCUGUGACAGCUGUGUGAUUACACUGCUGAAGGAUUUGAGCACAAUAGGUGACGAGCUUCAGCUCAUCAAGUCUCAGCUGCAAAAUGUCCAUGCAAGUUCCCACACUCUGGAGCAGAUGAGAGACCUGGAAACACGCAUCAAGGACUUAAAGGUCUUACUCAACAACUACCACUCUGUUGUCCACAAUCAAGGUUCAAAGGUAGAUGAGUUGGAGACAGAAUUCAUUAAACUAAAUCGUGAUGUUGAUGCUCUCCAGGAAAAGGCUGAAAUGAACUACAAAGAAGCUGAGAGAUUAUUUAACAAUUUUGGUCAAACUCAUCAAAAAGGAAAGGAUUUGGUUUCACAAAUACAAAUAGUGGUCAACAAUAUACGAGUGCUCUUGGAACAGAUAUCUGGCACAAACGCAGAAGGUAACAACCUGCCCCUGGGAGAUGCCUCUGAAGAGCUGGCCGAAGCUCAGCGCAUGAUGGCAGAGAUGCGGAGCCGCAGCUUUGGCCAGCUUCAAGCUGAGGCAGAGAAGGAGCGGGUGGAAGCUCAGCGGUUACUGGCACGUAUUAAGAAUGAACUACAGAAGUACCACCAAGAAAAUCGUGGGCUUAUUAAAGUUGUGAGGGAUGCACUGAAUGACUAUGAAUCCAAAAUCACUGACCUUCGUGAAGUUCUGAAUGAUGCGACAGCUCAAAUCAAGCAGGCUGAAGGCUUAAACAAAGACAAUACAGUUCUGCUAGAAGAUAUUAAGAAACGGAUUGAGGAGACAAAUGUGCAACAGACUGGUGUCAUGAAUAUUCUGAGGUCAGCCCGGUCUUCCCUGACACAAGCUAAGAGUGUACUUGGAUUAUUGCAAGAGAGCAAAGAGGAAUAUGAAAGCCUGGCUGCUCAGCUGGAUGGAGCAAGGAAGGAUAUGAAUGAAAAAGUGGCAAAUCUGUCAUCAGCAAGCAAAGAACCACUGGUGGUGAGGGCCGAGGAACACGCCAAAUCUUUGCAAGAUUUGGCAAAACAACUUGAAGAAAUAAAGAACAGUGCCAGGAGGGACGAGUUGGUAGGCUGUGCUGUGGAAGCUUCUACUGCCUAUGACAAUAUUAUUGGUGCCAUCAAGGCAGCAGAGGAGGCAGCCAACCAAGCUGGGAAAGCAGCUGACUCAGCUUUAUCAACUGUGAAGAGAGAAGACCUAUCAGGAAAAGCUGCAAGGUUAAAAACUGAGAGCAGUGCACUCAUGGAUCAAGCACAGGAGACCAAAAAGACAUUGCAAGCUAUUGGUCCUAACCUUGAAGACCUAAAGCAAAGACUUGAUGUCACUGAUGGAAAGACGAAUGCACUGAAAAUUGAUCUUGUCACUGCUCAAAAUAAUCUCAAUGGGAUAAACAGAGGUGACAUUGACAGCAUCAUCACCAGUGCACGGAGCAUGGCAGAAAAUGCCAACUCUGUCACCAAUAGUGUGUUGGGUGAGCUGGUCCCAAUUGAAGCAGAAGUGGAAAGAAUUAGGAGCAACUAUGGAAGCACACAAAGUGCCAGCUUCAAUAAAGCACUGAUGGAGGCAAACAAUUCAGUAAAAAAUUUGACAAACCAACUUCCAGAUCUGUUCAGCAAGAUCAAGAGUAUCAACCAACAGCUGAUGCCAAUAAGCAACAUCUCUGAGAACAUAAAUCGUAUAAGAGAGCUGAUUCAGCAGGCAAGAGAUGCUGCAAAUAAGGUUGCUAUUCCUAUGAGGUUCAAUGGCAGCUCUGGUGUAGAGGUUCGACCUCCGAGCAACCUUGAAGAUCUAAAGGGCUAUACUUCACUUUCCUUAUUUAUCCAGAGACCUCAGCAAAGAUCAGACACACAGCAGAGGGCAAAUAGAUUUGUCCUGUACCUGGGUAAUAAAAAUGCUUCCAAGGACUACAUUGGUAUGGCUGUGAAAGAUGGUUACCUUACUUGUGUCUAUAACCUGGGAGGUGGUGAUGGGGAAGUGAGGGUGCAGUCAUUGGUGACUCAAAGUGACACUGAGGAAGCUGUUAUGGAUCAAGUUACAUUUGAAAGGAUUUACCAGUAUGCAAAGCUGAGGUACAUCAAAGCAGCAACAUCAACUUCUCCAGAUUAUGAAAGCCCUAGGAGUGCAAGCAGUGGAGACAGUGACAUGCUUCUCAAUCUUGAUCCCAGCAGUGUUGUCUUUUAUGUUGGAGGAUACCCACCAGAUUUUAGGCCUCCAGAUAAGCUCAACUAUCCUCGUUAUGAAGGCUGCAUUGAAUUAAACAGCCUAAAUGAGCAUAUUGUCAGCCUUUACAACUUCAAGAGGACUUUUAAUCUCAACACCACUGAAGUGCAACCCUGCAGAAGGUAUAAAGAGGAGACUGACCAAAGCUAUUUUGAGGGCACUGGUUAUGCCAGUGUCACAGCGGGAGAAAGAAGUGGUGAACGAGUACGGUACGAGCAGACAAUUGAGACGACUGCAGAUGAAGGCAUUGUGUUCUUUGCAGCAAAUGGGGAUCAGUUCAUCAGUGUGCUCAUUAGAAAUGGUCAUAGAGUUUUUAGAUACAAACUUCACUCUGAAACUCCAGAAGAAGUAGAAGCCAAAAAAACAGUAAAUGAUGGAACAUAUCAACAAAUUAAUUUGGUGCUUGACCGAAGAAACAAAGUUGUGUAUGUCAGUCCUGGUAUUAGAGCCAACAUACAAGUCUUCAAUUUCACUGAGUACUACCUAGGUGGAGUUCCAUCUUUUUUACGGGAACAGUUUAAUAUAUCCACACCUCCAUUCCGCGGCUGCAUGAAGAAUGUGAAAAACCCAAGCACUGCAUCUGUUGUUUUUGAUAAAACUUUUGGUGUCAGCAAGAAAUGUUCAGAUGACUGGAAGCUUGUCAGGUCUGCAGCUUUCUCCAAGGAUGGAACACUGAGCCUUAGUGCAGCAGAUUUCCCAUUUCCAAAGGAUUUCCAAGUGGGCUUUGGCUUUCAGACAACAGCUUCUUCUGGAACACUCUUAAAUUACAACCUACGGCCUGAUGUUCUUUCCAUAUUUCUGAGUCCUGGCUCUGUAACUGCAAAGAUACGAGAUAAGGAAAUUAAACUGGAAAAAAAAUAUGAAGAUGGAUCAAUGCAUUAUGUGACAGUAAUAAAAAUAGGCAACAGAGUACAUAUGAUGGUUGAUGAUGAGUCAAAAGCAAUUGACUCUCCCAGGUCAUCCAGCUCACAGGAAUCAAACAGACCUAUAAAAUUUGGUGGAGAUAAUUUUGAAGGUUGCAUCUCAAACAUCUUUAUUGAAAGGGCAGGUCAGCUCCCCGAGGUUCAAAAUCUUGUUGCUAAUACUGGCAAGACUGGUGUGUCCCUCGGAGCUUGCCAGGAAUACGAAAACCUUGAACCAAUGCUGCUGCAGGAAUUUAAAAAUCCUCUCAGGCUCAAGAUGCUCAAGAAUGAAAAAUACCUUGAUUAUUUGAAAGCUGCUAACAUUCAAAACCACACUAUACCAGCUCCAUUAUAUGGCAGCAGUGAAGCAUAUCUCCUUGGAAGCAUCCCCAACAGUUUCAUAUCCUACAUGUUUUCUCCAUUGUUAUCCACAGACAGGUUACAUUUCUCUGUAGAUGUACGGACUCGAUCAUCAAGAGGAUUAAUAGUUUUCAUGGAGGAAAGCUCUGAGGACUCUUAUAUGGCUCUCCACAUUUCAAAAGGACGAUUUGUCUUUUCACUUGGCUCUGGAGAAAAACAAAUCAAAGUCAAAACCAAUAUUAAAUACAAUGAUGGGCAAUGGCACACUGUGGUCUUCAGCACAGAUGGGAAGAACGCCCGCCUUGUUGUUGAUGGUCUAAGGUCCCAGCACAGAAAAUUGGUAACAAAUUCUGCCAUCAACAUUAGGCCACCAGUGUAUGUGGGAGGGCUGCCACCACUAAAGAGACAGAAUAUGCCAAUGAAGAGUUUCAAGGGUUGCCUGAGGAAUUUUAAGAUGAAUGGAAAAGCCAUGAAUGCACCUCAACAAAAAAAUGGCAUACUUCCAUGUCUGGAUGUUCCUAUGGACACAGGAAUUUACUUCUUUAAUGAAGGAGGAUAUAUCACCAUUGGUAAUUUGCUGAUGAGUGUGGAUUUCAAGAUUGUAUUUACCAUUCGACCAAGGAGUUCUACUGGUGUACUCCUCCAUGCUGGAAGCAAGCAAGACAACUACUUGACUGUUUACAUGAAGGGAGGGAAGGUGAUUGCUGCUGGAAAUAGUGAUGCUGGAGAAUUCCAGGCAUCAGUCACACCUAAGAAACCUCUGUCUGAUGGACGGUGGCAUACCGUUGCAGUCUCUCAGAAGGAGAACACAGUGCAGCUAGAGGUGGGCACACAGAGUAAUUAUACCACUGUACUUCAACCCUCUCCUGCUAGACGUGUGUAUCAGCCACUCUACUUUGGCAAAAUUCCAGCAAAUUUGGACACCCUGUGGCUUCCUGUUGAAGACCCAUUUUUUGGCUGUCUUCGGAAUAUUACCAUCAAUGACAAACAUGUCUCCAGCAGGAGAAUUUCAGAGGUUCAUGGUGCAGUGAAUUUGCACGGGUGCCCAGAGAAGUAACUCUGCUGUUACAGUUGUCGUGCACAGAUUGGGCUGUGUCUGCUGAAGAGCUGUGUGGAUUCCCCUUUGCUGACCAGCAUCAGGCUGCUUCUUCUGAACAGCCGGUGAGCAAAUGCAUCCUCUGGAUGUGGACUGUGCCAAAGCAAAUGAAAUGUAUUUGCUUUGACAAACUCCCUUUUAAAUGUCAUUGAUUUCCAAGGUAAUCCGUUGUGCCUUUUGAGAUAUAUGCAGAAAAUUGCAUAUGCCCUACUGGGCCAAAUUCUGCUCUCAUCCAAAACAGCAGAGACUUGAGCAACUCCACUGUCUUAAUUUUGGAAAUUUUUCUUAAUGUUGGCUAUCUUGAGAGCAAAUUUGAUUCAUUAAUAUAAAGAAUUUUAUAAAAAUAUAAAUAUCUUUGGAUUGUUGCUUAUACAGCAAUGUACAUUGAUGUUAAAAGUAAUAAUAAUAUAAAUGGAGUUUGAAGCACUUUAAGGAGUGAAACUCUGGGGGUUUGUUACAAAGUUAGGAAUUGUGGGACCAAAUAAAUGCAGUAUGUUCCUAAAA